UUCUUUCAUUUUUCAGCCAUGAAACCCUUGGGUAUUUUAAUAUUACUAACCCUCGGGGUUUAUGUUGAAGGUAGAGGACUGUGUAAAGUUACCGGUAAGUGUCAUUUGAAAAGUGAACCGUUUAUUGAAGAAACGAAUGGUCGUUGUUUCCGUGUGACUUGCAAGAGCACGGAUAAGGGCCCUGUGGAGGAAUGUGUUCCUGUAGAAUGUGAAUCAAAGGAAAAGAGAAAAAAUGGUGUGGCGAAUGAAAGAAACAAGAGAAGUGAAGAAGAGAAAACCGAAGAAAGAAGUGAUGUAGAAGAAUCGCAAAAGUAUAAAAGAAAGCGUUCAGAUAACGAAAAUGAAGAAGCAAACAUCGAAGGGGACAAUAGUGAAGAAGGCAAAAACGAAGCAAGACGAACUAAUACAGUUAACGAAAAUGAAGAAGUAAACACUGAAGGUGACGAUAAGGAAGAAGCGAAAGCUGACGAACGAAGAACUGUUGCAAAGGAAUCGAAAAAGAAUAAAAGAAAACGUUCAGUAAACGAAAAUGAAGAAAAUACCGAAGGUGACGAUAAGGAAGAAGCGAAAGCUGACGAACGAAGAACUGUUGCAAAGGAAUCGAAAAAGAAUAAAAGAAAACGUUCAGUAAACGAAAAUGAAGAAAAUACCGAAGGUGACGAUAAGGAAGAAGCGAAAGCUGAAGGAACAAAUAGCGAAAGCAAAUCACUACUGAGCCGAAUUCUACGCCAUGCACACACAAUUUUUCAUUAGUUUAUACUAAAAAGUUACUUUCAUUAGUUGCAUCUGAAAGAAAUUGAGUUCUAUACUGUUUUGCGGAAUAUAAAAUUAGAAAAAGUU